GGGAGCCUCGGGGGCUGCUGCUGGAGGAGCGACAAACGCACACGGAGCAUUUCAGGCACGGCAAGGACAGGGCACUGCUCUGCCUGCUCCCGCCGCCGCUUCCUUUGCUCCCGCCCACAGGCGUUCCCGGCAGCUCUGCUCUCUCGGCGCUCGGACGUGCUUUGGGCUCUUCCUCACUCGGCAAACACGCAGCUUGGUCUCGCCAUGCACCUGGCACAUCUCAUCCUCACCGUCUUCCUGGGCCAGCUCCUGGUGGCUGUGGCCAGAGCCCAGGUAGAGCAGGAGCCGUUCCUGGAGACCACCGAGAGCACCGGCAUCAACAUCACCUGCUCACAUCCCCAAAUCCAGACCGGCCAAACGAUCUACUGGUACCGUCAGCUGCCGGGCCGAGGACCCGAACUCUUCGUGAGCAUUUUCAAAGACUCCAAAGAGCUGCCGGACAGUGCGGGCCAUGUGCGGGUGUCGGAAGAUCGGCGUUCCAGCGCGCUGUGGCUGGCUGUGCCCCGGCGCGGGGACGCGGCCGUGUAUUACUGCGCGCUGGGGACCACGGGCAGAGGAGCCGGGGCUGCGGCCGGGCACGAACCGCCGCGGGCGGGGCCGGGCGGGGCCAGCAGGGGCCGCUGCCGCUCCGCCCGCCGGGCUCCCGGGGCGCGGCUCCGCAGCUCCUUCCUCUGCCCCGAGCCCGGCCGCACCGACCCCGCACGGCCCCGCACGGCCCCGGCGCGCCGCACAACCCGCCUGCGACCCGCGCUCGCACGCUCGCCACGCACCGCCCGGCCUCCCCUCGCUCCCGAGCCCGCCGCUGCCUCACGCCAAACUGCUGCGGGCUGCGCCUCUGCCGCCGCCUCUCGCCCUCCGGACACGGCUGCUGCUGCUCUCGGCCUGCUUUGCAAAGCCACGAGCUGCUCCUUGACAGCACCUGGGCUGGGAGCUGGCAAAGCAGCUGCGCUGACGGGCACACGGGGGCUGAUCCAUGCAGUGCUGUCAGGACAGUAG